AACAAAAGAGAGAAGAAAGAAUAUCAAGGUGACAAGAGAUGGAAAUGAUUAUGGUUAACGAACAACAAUGCCUAGGAAGUCGUCGACGCCGGUUAAGCUCAGUCGUUGAAGGUGAGGUUCAGAACUUGAGGUGUGUCAAGAAACGGCAACGAAGUCCGGCAUCGGAUGCAGUUGGAUUUGAUGGCAAUCAAGGCCUGGUUCAACCCCAGCAACAAAAUGAUCAACAAACCAUUGCUGCUACCACUGUGAAAAGAAGCUCGAGGUUCCGUGGUAUCAGCAGGCAUAGAUGGACUGGGAGAUAUGAAGCUCACUUGUGGGAUAAGCUUUCUUGGAAUGUUACACAGAAGAAGAAAGGGAAACAAGGAGCUUACGAUGAUGAAGAAGCUUCUGCGAGAGCAUAUGAUUUAGCUGCACUUAAGUAUUGGGGGACAUCAACUGUCACCAAUUUCCCGAUAUCAGACUAUGAAAAAGAGAUUGAAAUUAUGCAAACUGUGACAAAAGAAGAGUACUUGGCAUCAUUAAGAAGAAAGAGCAGUGGGUUUUCAAGAGGUAUAUCCAAGUAUAGGGGAGUUGCAAGGCACCAUCACAAUGGAAGAUGGGAAGCAAGAAUAGGGAGAGUCUUUGGGAACAAAUAUCUCUACCUUGGCACUUACAGCACCCAAGAGGAGGCUGCUCGGGCUUAUGACAUUGCAGUAAUUGAAUAUAGAGGGAUAAAUGCAGUGACCAACUUCGAUUUGAGCACAUAUUUCAGAUGGUUAAAAUCGGGAACAAGUGAUCCAGUUUCUGCAAAUGAAUUAAUGGCAAUGGCGGAACCCGAAUCUAAGGCUUCAUUUUACCACUCUUUAGCAACAAACCAUUACUUAAGAUCACCAGAAAAGCAAGAAGUUUUCGAAAGAAAAAUCCCAUUAAACACAUACAGGUCUUCUUCUUCUUCAACAUCACCAUCAUCAUCACCUACUGCACUUGAUCUUCUAUUCCGAUCUUCGGUAUUCCGAGAACUCGUCGAAAAUAACACAACUGUGUCAUCCGAAGACGGAAGCACUAGUAGUGGUGCAGAUGAUGAACCAAAGAACAAACAACCAGGAAAUUAUGGAGAUGAAGAUGAGUUUAGUAGGCUGCUUUAUGAUGGCAUUGGUGACUUCACAUUUGGUAACUCUUCUGGUAAAGUUAGCAUCGAAUUCCAAGAAAGAGGAUUCCCUUUCAGUUUAUGA